GGUUUUGUUAUAAGUAAAAUGUAACAUAACCUCAUUCUCAUUAACCUACUUGAAAUGAAUUUUUUAAAUUCCUACAGAAGAUUUGCACACAUUUUGAAAUUUCAAAGGGUGCAACAAGUGAGAACUUUGUUUUCCGCCGAGACACUGGGAACCAAUAUUUAUCAGACAAAUUGUCGAGACGCAUUAAAUAAUGUUGAAGGUGCUGAUCAAUUCAAAUGGGAUCUACAUGCUUAUGUUGAAAAUGAAAGCACGAAGGAUUCGCAGAAAUUGAAAAAUGCAUUAGAAGUGCUGGUGCAUUUAGUGAAAUCAGAUUCAGAUGACGUUCAUCUAAUCAAAAAAACCCUAUAUGCAUUUGAUUCGACUGAUGGUUUAACCGAUAAAGCCAAACGUUCUAUUGGUAAUUUAGUAAUGCAAUACAUUCAUUCGAACAAUAUGCCAAACGUUGCACUCGAUUUUUUCAGCGAUAUAAAAUUAAGUGAAUUUUUUGCUGGCUUCAAAUGUACGUUGAUGUUGCUAGACCUGUUGUACAUCAAUGGACAGUUUGAUAAAAUUAUCGAAAUUGAUAUGGAAAAUCGAUCAAAAAUAUGGUCAAGCAAAACGAACUGUUCAAAAUUUCUUGAUGUAUUAGUGUUUGGUGCUUGUUACAAAUUGAAUACAGCCGAAUCAUUUUAUUAUGCACAUAAAUUAUGGUCAACAAUUGAGAAAACAUCACAAUUCCGGCGAAGCCUCUCCUUCUUUGCGGCAAUAACAUUGAAUCAAGGAAAAUCAACGGAGGUCAUUCAAAUGCUAGAAAAUCUGGAAACAAAUUUUGUAGAUGAACAAAUUAAACUUUUAGCUUUAGCAGAUGUUGGUAAUGUUAAAGAAAUAAUUGAACGAGUUUCAACGUGGAAAGACAAUAAAAAACUAUCAAAACACAAAAUAUCCAAAAAUGUGAUGGAUGGGAUAUACCAACGUGUACAGAAAAAUUCAACAGCCGAUGAUCGAAAAAAGUUUCAGGAAACCUAUAAUGUGGUUAUUGCAGAGAACGGUGUAUCUAUUGAGACUUUAGAACAGUUAUUGGACAGAACCAUAAAUUCACGCAUUACUAUAAGGGGAUGAUAUUUUACUUUACUUUACUAAACAUAUGUUUUAUUUAAUAUUUCACAGUAGAACAAAUACUUUUUCUAAAAUGAAAGACACACCAACGAAAUAUGUGCGAUGGUUCUGGUUAUUAUUAUUUUUGCGACCGUCCACAUCUCACACUCUUCUCACUCUUUCAUAUGUAUGAAUGCUAAAAAGGGGGAGGAUGGGAGCGAAAAAAAAUUCAUAAUUUUAAAAUAAAACAUUUAUUUAUUCUUUGGAAGAUAAA